UGGUUGUAAAUUUAAAAAUUAAAACUUCUGUUGCUGUUUUAUGUUUUUACUUUAAAAAAAAUAAAAAUAUUUUUGUAUUGAAGAAAGAAACAAGUGCUAAAGAUACUCAUUUUUAAUUUAAUACAAGUGUACAACAGUUGACACGAUAGUAAUUAGAUGAUAAAAUAAAAAAGGAAAGAUGUUAGUCAAUCACCGACUAUUACUAACUAGAGUUCGAUGUAAAUGUAGGCAUUACAGAAAAUAUUUAUCUUCUAAAGCAAAUCUAGCGGAAAUAGAAGUACCUUUUUCCAAUGGGACCAAGUUGAAGUUGACUUCUGGCCGUUAUGCCCGGUUUGCUGAUGGUGCAUGUGUAGCUACCCUAGGCAAUACAAGUGUUCUCUCAACCGUUGUGUCCAAAGCUAAACAGAGCAGUAGCAACUUCUUGCCUCUAGUUGUUGACUACAGACAGAAAGCUGCUGCAGCUGGUAGAAUCCCAACCAAUUUUCUAAGAAAAGAACUAGGUCCCACUGACAGAGAAGUAUUAACAUCAAGGGUUAUAGAUAGGUCUCUGAGACCUCUGUUCCCAUAUAACUACAAUUUUGACACACAAAUAGUGUGCAAUAUGCUUGCAGUAGAUGGUACAAAUCUUCCCGAGACUGUUGCUAUUAAUGCAGCAAGUACAGCCCUGGCCUUAUCCGAUGUGCCAUGGAAUGGACCCAUUGGUGCUGUGAGAUUAGGUCACAUAGACAAUGAGAUCAUUGUGAACCCAACCCGUAGAGACUUGGAGGAAUCCACACUGAAUCUAAUAGUGGCCGCUGCCAGUGGAAACCUAGUUGUUAUGUUAGAAGGUAGCGCUAAAGAUAUUCUGCAACAGGAUCUGUUGAAGGCCAUCAAAUUAGGUACUAAAGAAGCACAAAAUAUUGUGCGGAGUAUUGAAAAAUUACAAAAAGAUUAUGGAAAGAUGAAGAGAGAAUAUGAGACGCAGACUGCCCUGGAACAAAGCAUCGUUGAUUCUGUUCAAACAUUGUCUUCUAUGAAAAUUAGAGAAAUAUUAAGUGACCACAAUCACGACAAACUAUCUCGCGACAACGCGAUCUCAGAACUACGUCAGACAGUGAUGAAUCAGCUGAGAGAAACCGAGGCAGAUCUCAACCAAUUGCAAGACUGCUUUAACACCAACCUCCGGCAGAUCUUCAGGCAGCUGAUAUUUGAGACGGACACUCGGUGUGAUGGCAGACAUUUAGAUGAACUAAGGAAAAUUAACUGUGAGGUGUCUCUGUACGAGCCAUUACAUGGCAGUGCGCUGUUUCAACGUGGACAAACCCAGGUGCUGUGUACUGUAGCAUUUGAUUCACCCGAAAGCGCGCUCAAAAUGGACCCUCUCACUAUGAUCACGAGUGGUAUAAAGGAGAAGAAUUUCUUCCUACACUACGAAUUUCCUUCUUAUGCGACCGGCGAAGUGGGCCGCAGUGGCCCCGCGGGACGGCGGGAAGUGGGGCACGGGGCCCUUGCUGAACGGGGCCUCAUGCCUGUGGUGCCCCAGCAGCCAUUCACCGUGAGACUAACUGCUGAAGUACUGGAGUCUAAUGGUUCGUCGUCGAUGGCGUCUGUGUGUGGCGGCUCGCUGGCUCUGCUGGAUGCCGGAGUACCGCUAAGCGCACCUGCCGCCGGCGUCGCCAUCGGCCUGGUGUCCACGCCAGACGAGCGCGGUCACGUCGCCGACUACAGGAUACUGACCGAUUUGUUAGGUAUUGAAGAUUACAUGGGCGAUAUGGACUUCAAAGUGGCUGGAACUAAGAAAGGCAUAACCGCCUUACAGGCUGAUAUUAAGAUACCAGGUCUCCCUCUCAGGGUAGUGAUGGAGUCUGUACAGAAAGCCUGCGACGCUAAAAGCAAAAUUAUUGAUAUUAUGAACCAGUGCAUUGAUAAACCCAGACAGGACCGCAAGGAGAGCAUGCCAGUGCUAGAGGAGAUGGAGGUGGAACCACACAAGCGAGCCAAGCUUUUGGGUGUGGGCGGCACCAACCUCAAGAGACUGUAUCUGGAGACGGGCGUGCAGAUCAGUCCAAUAGAUGAAAACAAGUACGCCGUGUUUGCGCCGUCGGAGUGCGCAAUGAGCGAAGCACGCACUCGGCUUGCUCGCUGGCUCAGUGCUGAGUCGGUGCCGCAACUGGAGUUUGGUGCCAUCUAUACCGCCAAGGUGGUGGAAGUACGCGACAACGGCGUGUUGGUGACGCUGUACCCUGGCAUGUCGCCCGCCCUGUUACACAACACUCAGCUCGAUCACAGAAAGAUACUGCAUCCGUCCGCGUUAGGUCUGGAGGUGGGUUCAGAGAUCCAGGUGAAAUACUUCGGACGAGACCCUGUCUCGGGGCAGGCGCGGCUCUCCAGAAAAGUGAUCACUUCUCCACCGCCACCUCAUGUAAGGAAACUUGAUAAGAGUUAGAGAGUGCCGUGCGGUUUUAUGAAGUAUAUGUUUUCUUGGUUAAAAAAAUGUACAAGUAUAUAUCUGGAACAAAAAAUAGGUG